CGGGCCAGCGCGGCGGCGGUGGUGGCAGCAGCAGCAGCAGCCCCGGCUGCGGGUCGCGACGGCGACGGGGCGCCCCCUCCCCCGUGCCGGGGCGCGGCGAAGGGAUGUGGGGCUUUGCGGGAGGAAGGCUUUUCGGCAUCUUCUCGGCCCCGGUGCUGGUGGCGGUGGUUUGCUGCGCCCAGAGCGUCAACGACCCCGGGAACAUGUCCUUUGUGAAGGAGACCGUCGACAAGCUGUUGAAAGGCUACGACAUUCGUCUGAGACCCGACUUCGGGGGUCCCCCAGUCUGCGUGGGGAUGAACAUCGACAUCGCCAGCAUCGACAUGGUUUCUGAAGUCAACAUGGACUAUACCUUAACUAUGUAUUUUCAACAAUAUUGGAGAGAUAAAAGGCUCGCCUAUUCUGGGAUCCCUCUCAACCUCACGCUUGACAAUCGAGUGGCUGACCAGCUCUGGGUGCCCGACACAUAUUUCUUAAAUGACAAAAAGUCAUUUGUGCACGGAGUGACAGUGAAAAACCGCAUGAUCCGCCUCCACCCUGAUGGGACAGUGCUGUACGGGCUCAGGAUCACCACAACAGCAGCAUGCAUGAUGGACCUCAGGAGAUACCCCCUGGAUGAGCAGAACUGCACCCUGGAAAUCGAAAGCUAUGGCUACACGACGGAUGACAUUGAGUUUUAUUGGCGCGGCGGGGACAAGGCUGUCACCGGCGUGGAAAGGAUCGAGCUCCCCCAGUUCUCUAUCGUGGAGCACCGUCUGGUCUCCAGGAAUGUUGUCUUCGCCACAGGUGCCUACCCUCGACUCUCAUUGAGUUUUCGGUUGAAGAGAAACAUUGGUUACUUCAUUCUUCAGACGUAUAUGCCCUCCAUCCUGAUCACCAUCCUCUCGUGGGUGUCCUUCUGGAUCAAUUACGAUGCGUCCGCUGCUCGAGUUGCCCUUGGGAUCACCACUGUGCUCACCAUGACAACCAUCAACACUCACCUUCGGGAGACUCUGCCCAAAAUCCCCUACGUCAAAGCCAUCGACAUGUACCUGAUGGGCUGUUUCGUCUUUGUAUUCCUGGCCCUUCUGGAGUACGCCUUCGUCAACUACAUUUUCUUUGGAAGAGGUCCCCAAAGGCAGAAGAAGCUCGCAGAGAAGACUGCCAAGGCCAAGAAUGACCGUUCCAAGAGUGAAAGCAACCGGGUGGAUGCUCAUGGGAACAUCCUAUUAACAUCGCUGGAGGUUCACAACGAAAUGAAUGAGGUCGCAGGCGGCGUCGGAGACACCAGGAAUUCAGCAAUAUCCUUUGACAACUCAGGAAUCCAGUAUAGGAAACAGAGCAUGCCCAGGGAAGGGCACGGGCGGUACAUGGGAGACAGAAGCAUCCCGCACAAGAAGACCCACCUACGGAGGAGGUCUUCACAGCUCAAGAUCAAAAUCCCCGAUCUCACCGAUGUGAAUGCCAUAGACAGAUGGUCCCGGAUCGUGUUUCCCUUCACCUUUUCCCUUUUCAACUUAGUUUACUGGCUGUACUAUGUUAACUGAGUGACUGUACUUGAUUUUUCAAAGACUCCAUUUAACACUGAGUGAAAUAUUACCCUGCCUGUCAAGUUUUUAUACCAGUACACACACACCUACACACACCCACACACACACAAUUGUAUAUAUAUGUGAACUUUCUCAGCAUAUAUAUAAAAGACACGUGUAUAUGAGGAUGUAUGUGUAUAUGUUUAUAUACGCAGGUGUGACUAUCUGCGUAUGUAAGACAAAUACGCACACAUGCCAUACAUUUUGCAACUAUGGACCAUUUAACACAGGAUGCAUAUUAAAGAAAGUCAUAGCUUUUUUUUUCUUUUUCUAAUUGAAAGGGACAAGUAUCUAAAUAUUAUGCCUCAAGAAUGAGGGUGCGAAACACAGUCACCCCAAAGUGUGUCUUUUAUUAUCCUAUGUUCGAUAUUUUCUCUGAAAAACCAGGAAGGAAUUUCUUAGCUAAUCUUUGGGAACUCCCACAGCGCAAGUUGUGCGCCUCAUAUCCUCUCUUUCGGUUUGCAGCCAAGGCUUGUUGGCUUCUGUGUGACGGGCUGGUUUCAUCAGGUUUGCUUCUCUGUAUCGGGGUUAGCAGACGAGGCGAGUCUCUGGCAGCUCUCUUACCUGAUCCUCACCGGUAGGUAGCUCCCAUGCUCGAGUCUGAGAGUCCAUCUCUUGCAACCUCACCAGGAGUAAGCGGUGUCCCAUUGUGAGUACUCCACCGUCCCGUACAUGAGGGGGGAUUUCUGUUAACGCGAAGUGGGUCCAGCUUAACUGUCUUUUGGGAACACAAUGGCACGUUUUGAUAAUGAGAUCCAGUCACGAAAGUGUGCUCUCCAUCUUGUCCAGAUCUCUAGGUCCUCUGUAGAACUGGAAGCAUAGGCGUCUCAGGUUCUUUGUUACUCUGAGGUAAAACCAUCUAGAGUGAUUCCCCCUUGCAGUUACGUUACCGUUCUUAUAACAUCGUAUGUUAAUAUGAAUAUAUUUGCAUAAUAUGCAUACAUAUGUAUAUUACCAGGAUUUUGUUUCCUCUGCUUGCUACCAUGGCAGCAUGCGACGUCAUACUUUUCAUUCUGUGAUAGGACUACUUUCUGUUAUCUAGAGAUUAAGAUUGAACCUAAAAAUGUUUCUAUUGUUCACUUUUGGAAACUCAAGAAACAUCCUCACAGCCUUUAUUUCUGUACUGACAUUGUCUCAUAAGCACAUCCAGCUCCUCCUAGACUGACUAGGAUUCUGCAGGAACACGACCAGUACACACCGCGAUCACACAACGACCCACGACCGUUCCCGAGGCAAGGAGGGCAACCUGACACAAACACAGUCUCUUUUGGUUCCUUCUCACCCACAGCCUCAUCAGUAUUUGGACUUUUUAAAGCUCGUAGAAACAAGACAAGGUGCACCGGUUUCAUAGACGCAACCUUAACUUACUAUUCAGAUGAGCUCUUUCUAAAGACAAAGAUGAUAUAUUUUUUGUAAACUCUUUCUAUCACGGGCAUCCACAAACUGACUGCAGUCGUGUGAGCAGGUGUCACAGCGAAGCACUGGGAAGACAGGAUAAAAAAGCAAAACCUGCAGUGAAGAACUGCUAAAUUAAUAACCCCCACACCCCACGCAUGUGUCACCCUCACGUCUGGCACCACCGUUUACCACACAGGCAGCACCACCACCCUCCCCAAGAUGUGUGCCGUGUGGACUGCCUCCAUGAACUGACACACUUGAGUUUUCGGUGGCCAUAGCAAUCCUUAAUAUGUGGGAGUCUGACUUUUCCAAACCCAAGCUUAGAUCAAAGCUAAUCCACGGAAUCUUAUGUUAGGGACAGUGACUGAAUUUGAUGCCCUUAUCCGCCUCCAUUCUUGACUACUCAGUCUUCUUUCAAUCACUGCUCCUUGGCUGUCUUUUCUCCCUGGAGAUGAGCCUGCGAAUUUGGGCUUUUCUCUGGAAAUCUUCUUUUUCAUGGGUAACAGUAGGAGGAGACAAAGAGUUAAACAGUUUCGAAAAAAAAAAAAAAUUCUGUAAGUGGCCUUAUCGUUGUAACAUAUUAAAGAAAAGCAAAUGUUUGCGAGACCUUAUCCCUUUCAAUACUUCAGGUAUCUCUCUGUGUACCCUGUCACUCGAGGUGUGAGCCACAUGUCGAAGAGGGACCCCCCAAAGGCCAGCCAUGUGGCAGAAGGGGUCAGCCACUGAGAGUUUAUCAUACUAAGAACUGUGAUUUUUUUUUUUCUGGGAGAAAAGUGACUCAAAAUUUUUUGAUGCAUAGUUGAGAUACCCACAUAUCAGAGACAGAAACUCCACGGGGCUCAGAAGAACCGCAACACGCUCCCUGGGAAUCUCUGGUUACAAAUUUGCAUGGUGUAGUCAUAACAGCUUUUGAGCUUUUUAUAUGCCUUUGGCACCAAGACUGGGAUCCACAAAUUUAUAGACACUGCAAUGAAGUUACCAUAGUAGCUAGACUCUAAGUAGUGUUUGUAAUUACACACACACACACACACACACACACACACACACACACACGUAUUCUGUAAAAAAAAAAAAACAACAACUCAUUUUUAAGAUCCUUGGGUCUGUGUUUGCUUUACUCCAUUUCAGAAGAAAAGCAUUUUCGUCCUAAUAAGUUAUUUUAUGGCUUCUCUAUUUUUCAAAGCUGCGAGAAGCGUUGAGGUGAGAACUCUGGCUGUUCUAGCAGAAGAGUGGGAUCUGAUCCCUGUUCCAGUAAGGUAGCCUCUCUUCACGUUCUAGUAGCUGUCUGAUCCAGUGGGCGAGCACAUGCCAGGAUUCCACCAGGACCUGUGAUGGAGGUGGCUGUUACCCAUGCCCAGAGUUCUUAAGAAUAGAAAACUUCAUUUCCCAUCAACUCAACAAACACUAAUUUUCUCAGUAGUACUGUCUUUCUAAGAUGAGAUGCUUCGCCAAGGGCUCGCCGUGUUGACACCUUGAUGAUAGCCCCUUAUUUGGCCAUUUUCAGAUGUGUCUAUGACAACCCAAGAGCCCUCCUCCAUCAGUCCCAGCCAAGAAAGGCUGACCAGAGUGGAAUCAUCUUUAAAACAAAAGUCACUCCUGAUUACCAACCCCAGAACUGUCGAGAGGUUGUGAUGCCAAUGCCAUAAUCCAUUCAAUGCCCCUGAAUCUCAGAAGAACUAGAAAGCAUGUCAUAAUAAUAUUCCCACGAGGCUUUAAGCGACAUGUCCAUCUGCAGUAUUGUGCGUUUGGAUGCCAACAUGGGGACAUCUUCAGCUGUUCCCACCAAAAUCUCCUCUCUUGUUUUGAAACAUGGAGUUGACAGUGUCAUCAAUGAGAUGAUCUCGAAGGAUACCGGCACGUGGCAGUUGUAGGUGUUUGCCCCUUGUGAACACAUUCUGAAAAGAUGUGUUCAAUUUUGAACCUCCUUGCUUAAAAGCAUAAACCUACUAUAAUUUAUAUUUUAACCCUCCACCUGAAACUGAGUUCAUAUUUCUGGCCAUUUUCUGUAUGCCAACUGAACCACUGGUAAAAUAUUUGAUUACUCUUGGAACGAGCACUGGCUCUCCCGUCAGUGCGAACUUUCCAGCAGAGUAACGUCGUCUCUGGGGGCGAAGACCUGCCCUGGUGGAGUGGAUUUCCCAGGACACUGGCGAGCGUGCCUUGGCCUGAUUACCUCUUCUCCUGCGUUGAAAGGUGCCGUGUUUUCCUGAAUGACUAAACCCCUCACCUUGGGACAGUGACCUCCCAGAGUGGCUCACACACAUGUCCCACUUGGUGGUACCUCUCCUAGUGAUGGCCCACACAUGUCAUUCAUGACUCCUUUUUCUACUUCCCAAGUCAGUAGAUGUGUUCAAGGUAAGUACAGGAUUGUUCUGGUAGGAAUAAGCGGUUGCUGUCCUGAUUGAUAUCCAUGUCGAUUUCAUUUCAUUGUAAAGAUAAACUUAAACCCGAUUUUGCUUAAGCACAUUGAUGUAAUUUUUUCGUAUUAUUUGACGUGAAAAAAAACAGCAAAAUUGAGUGACAGAUACAAUAUGAAACUUGUUGAAUGAAUUCAAAUUUAUUAAAAAAGGACUAACUGA